GCGCGCCUUCGUCAGUCUUCGGAACGCGUCGGAGAACUUCGGGAACUCUCGGAGAGUUGUGGAGAACUUCGCGGAAAUCCCGUGAUUUCCCCGUCCCAAAGAGACGAAGCGGCCAAACCGUGAAAUUUCGCUCUAAAACUCUUAAGAAAAUCCCCACGUACGAAGACUUUCGGAAAACCUCGUGAGAAUUCGGAGAGCUUCGGAGGCGCUCGGAAACGCUCGGAAGCACCCGAAGAGCUCUUCGUGCAUUCCCGCCGAUUUUCGGCACCCUCCGAAGCGGCGGCGCUCGGCUGUUUCCGGCGGCGCUCGGCUGUUUCCGGCGGCCGCCAGGGCGCUGCCUCAGGGCGGGCGCCAUUUUGUGUGUCCGCCCGCGGAGCGCGGGGCGCGGGCGGAGGAGCCGCCGGGCCGAGGCCCCCGCGCCGUUCAGUGACUGUGCCCCCCGUUCUCCAUCCCCUGCCCGUUGCCCAUGGCCGUGGAGAGCCCGAGUGUCCCCCCCGCCGCCGCCGCUUCCCCCCCCAGCCCGCACUGCACUCCCCCUUCUCCGUCCUGCCACGGCAGCUGCAGCCUCCCCCGGCCGCCGCCGCCGCUCCAAGGGCACCAUCACGGCCCGGACGAAAGGGAGGAUGGGGAGCUGGAGGAGGGCGAGCUGGAGGACGACGGCGCCGACGAGAGCCCGCCCAGCCCCGGCCCCGGUUCCCGGCCCCGCCCCCGGCGCUCGCGGCACCGCAGCGGCUCCGAGGCCGAGCGCGGCCACCGGCGCCUGAAGCGCAAACGCCGCAAGGACAAGGACAGGAGGCGGCCCAAGAAAAAGCGAAAAUCCAAGCACAAGCGGCACGCCUCGUCCAGCGAGGAAUUGUCGGAUUUGAGCGACGACUCCGAUUUCAGCCCCGGGGAGAAGGGACACCGGAAAUACCGGGAAUACAGCCCAGUGUAUUCAUGCCACCAGUACUCCCAGUUAGCCCGGAAGGGGCCCCCCCAGGCCAAGGGGGACCCCCAGGGCGCCUUUGGGGGUCCCCACGCGGAGCCCGAGGCCGAGGGGCUGCACGAGGAGGACGAGGACGGAGCCCAGGACGACUUCGGGGAGUUCCCCCAGGAGCCGGCGCAGCUCCGGCGCUGCAGGGACGGCGCCCACCGGCCACGAGGUCGCGGCCGCGGCUGCCGCGGGUUCCGGGGCCGUGGGCGGGGCCCGGGGCGGGGCCGGGGGCGGGGCCCGGGGCGGGGCCGCGCCCGCAGCGACCCCGAGGAUGAGGAGGAGCCGUUCGAGGAGGAGAUGGAGGACGGGGGCGGGUACCGGCGGGAGGACAAGGCUCACCUGCCCUCGGACAAGAAGGGGAAGGUGAUCUGCAAAUACUUCGUGGAGGGCAGGUGCACCUGGGGUGACCACUGCAACUUCAGCCACGACAUCGAGCUGCCCAAGAAGCGCGAGCUCUGCAAGUUCUACAUCACGGGCUACUGCGCCAGGGCCGAGAGCUGCCCCUACAUGCACGGGGAUUUCCCCUGCAAGCUGUUCCACACCACCGGGCUCUGCAUCAACGGCGACGACUGCAUGUUCUCCCACGCGCCCCUCUGCGAGGAGACCAGGCAGCUGCUGGACAAGAUGCUGGCCGAGGACGCGGAGGCGGGCGCGCAGGACGAGAAGGAGCUGCAGGAGCUGCGCAAGCAGGGCAUCGACCCCCUGCCCAAGCCCCCCCCGGGCGUGGGGCUGCUGCCCACCCCCCCCCGCGGCCCCCCCCCCCCCCGCGGGCUGCCCCUGCCCCCCCCGCCCGGCCUGCCCCUCCCCCCCCCGGGGCCGCCCCUCGAGCCCCCCCUGGAGCCCCCCCAGGACCCCUUCAAGAAGAUCCCGUCGCUCUUCGAGAUCGUGGUGAGGCCGACGGGGCAGCUGGCCGAGAAACUGGGCGUCAGGCACCCGGGCCCGCCCCCCCCGCGCUUUCCCGGCCCCCCCGGCGCUCCGCCCCUCCCCCCCCCGGACUUGGCCCCGCCCCCCGAGCUGGGCCCGGGGGGGUUCGAGGAGGCCCCGCCCCUCCCCCACCCGGGGCUGCCCCCCCCGGGCCCGCCCUUCUACCCGGGGGGGGGAGGGGCGGCCGGAGGGGGCGGGGCCUUCUACCCCCCCCCGGAGGGGCUGGAGAUGGAACCGCCCGCGGGGGGGGAGGGGCCAG